CGAGGUUUACUUCCCUUUCGUGAGUUAUAUCGAACUAAGACUUGUUUUCGGUUCAAAAGGCUCAGGAAAUUAUAGUAUUAUUGUUUACAGGCUGCUGUAAACUUGCAUUUCUAUCUUUUAUUCAACUUGAUGGUAAUAUGUUUUAUAGGCAGAUGUGAGCUCUGGUGAAGAGCAUUGUUAUAACUGUUUUAUGCGAAUAAUAAAUAAAAGGAUAAGAUGAGGUUAAGAUGUUUUCAAGAAAGAUCGGAUAAUCAAACCAUUAGUAAGGCCACUUGUUGGUUGUUUGUUGGAUAAAUACAGAGCAAGGUGAACAAAGCGAUCAAAUUUUAGCCUAACGUGUGGAGGCCUGGGAAAGAAUUUUACUGGAUUUAUAUAUAUUGUGGCCUCGAUGUUCUGAUUGCAAAAGCUUCUGGAUUAUUUGUUUUCGGACCUUGCUUCCUCCACGUAAGCGUACAAGCCUCAACGAAACGAGUGUACCGUGACCGGAAGUGACAACCAUAUCUAUGGAGGAACCCAAGGCUCCCAUCGUCCGCAUCCGGAAAAAGAAGGUCAAGAGGAAAGCUAAAGAGAACGAUGUCGUUAUCCUUCCGGUUCGUGCGUCCCAGCAGGCCCGGUACUCGAACCUCUACCCACCGCCAAACACAGAGUCAAAGGGUCGUGAGUGCUGCCGCCACGCGUUCGCCGGCUGCAUGAAGAUACCCGUAUGUAGGCUGGUCUGUUUCCGGUGCGUGUUGCCGUCCUGCUACCAAGGGGCCGGUAGUGACGAUGAGGAGGCCGAAAUAAAGGACGAAGGUUACCAUAGUCAGAAUAGACGGAGUUCAGAAAUUCCGCCGCCAUCGGGAGCGGAGGCUGCUCAAGGUGGAUCCGGGGCACAAGAAGUAGAGAUGACGGAGAUAAAAACUGAAUCCACGGCUCCAUUGAUACCUCCUCGUAACAGCGUUCGUGUUAAUGAAUAUCGACGCCAACCCAACAGUAAUAUUGAACAUAAUGCCGCAGCUGACGGCGACUUAAAUUAUAUCGAAGUAGAGAGUGUUGGGUUGAAUAGUGUAGAUGCAUCGUCUAACAACAUUCCUGACACAAAAAAGUCAAAGAAACAUCACAACAAAGAAUUUGAAAGAGUUCUUGAAGCUAAAUUUUCAGUAAAUUUAACAAAGGAUUCAUUGACUAAGACAAAUAGUGCAAAAAGUGACGUUUCGUAUUAUAGUGAAGGCGAUCUGUCAGACGAUUCUGAAUCCAAUAUAUAUGUGAAUGAAGACGCUCUCAAACCAAGAGCAGACAGUGAUCACACUGAUAUAAAGCAACCGGAAUUAGGAGAACAACCCGCGAUUACAGAAGACAAGCAAUAUGUAAACCUGGACAAUGUAGACACACAGGACACAAGUAGACCACAUUCCACAUUCGAACUCCAACAGGAGCAGGACACGUCUUCUGAGGGAAUGCCACGUGUUUACGUUAACUUUCCACCGGCUGACACACCUGCAGGUGAGCAAGAACUAACGGACCAAAAGGAAACUAGCGUACAGCAGGUCAAUGUAUGUAUUAAAACUAAUCAAGACAAACUUCUUGAGAAAGCUGCAGAUAAAAGAGAGAAAAAGGUCGAUGAGAAAUAUAAGGAGCAUAAUGACUCAAACACAAUGGCAAGUACUCGGGAAAUCAAAAGUGACACGGCUCACGACGUUGGGAAUACAGUGGAGGACGACGCUACAGUUCAUGUGAGUGACAGCGAACAAUUGAUAGAAACAGUCAAGGUUCCAAAGUUGGAAGAAUCUUUGAUGGUUCCCGGUGCCACUGGUGAGAGUAGUUCCGGUGAGAGUACGGACGACGAAACAGGAGAUCAGACAAAACUCAUAUAGGCUAGUUAUGUUUGAUUUGUUAUUUACUUGUUUUUAUGUAACAUGUUAAUUGUUCAUAGAUAAUUUAUUUUCAGCAAUAUUGUGCCAUGUACAUACCAGUUUUGAAUUUAUAUCGUUAGGUCGUCAAAGACGAUAAGAUUUUAUUGGUAAAAUAUCAUUUCAUUCCAGUAUGCAACUAAUUAUAGAUCUUAAAUAUUAUGUUACAGUGAUCUGAUUUCGUUGGAAUUCAAAAAUAUGAGAUAUUUGUAAGCAUUUUAAUUCACCCGUUUUCAUUGUUCCUGGCCAUAUCGAUCAGAGACAAUACGGACUUAAUGACUCAAGUAUUGUUUAUAGGAAGACAUUGAUAAACUAUUGGUUAGAGAGAGUUACUAAUCUAUUCGUUAUUUAUACUCAGUACCCUGUAUUUGUAUCCGAACUACAUACACGUUUAAAAUGAUUUAGAUUAUGUAUAUAUUUAUUGCAUGGUAAACAAUCCGGGAAUUCAUACUGUCAUUCACUAAGUGUUAAUUUUAUUGUAACUAUUUGCUGGUCAAUACUUUAUAAUCGUUUUUGAGUCGCCUGCGAAGCAUGGUAGACAUAUCGGGAUUAGUUUGUCGUCGGAUUCGUCGUGGCCGUGGUCCACGUCGUUGUUCGUCUGAUUCGUCGUGGUCGUGACCCACGUCGUUGUCAGAUUCGUCGUGGACCUCGUCGUUGUCGUCUGAUUCGUCGUGGUCGUGACCCACGUCGUUGUCAGAUUCGUCGUGGUCCACGUCGUUGUUCGUCUGAUUCGUCGUGGUCGUGACCCACGUCGUUGUCAGAUUCGUCGUGGACCUCGUCGUUGUCGUCUGAUUCGUCGUGGUCGUGACCCACGUCGUUGUCAGAUUCGUCGUGGUCCACGUCGUUGUUCGUCUGAUUCGUCGUGGUCGUGACCCACGUCGUUGUCAGAUUCGUCGUGGACCUCGUCGUUGUCGUCUGAUUCGUCGUGGUCCGCGUCUUUGUUAUAAAUGUUGAACCUUUUGGUGUUGACUCUUUAAACAUGUUGUACAAAUUGGUAGUGGCCACUCGAUUACCCUUAUUGGUUUUGUGGUCAGUAGGUUAAGGGUUAAAGGUCAAAGCAAUGGUGAACUACGGUACAAAUUUCCGAUCAAUGACCUUUCAAAAUAUGUGUGCAGAGUCUUCGAAUUUGGUAUUCACAUUGAUGUAACGGAAGAUAUUAGUACCUCAUGCUGUAACGUCGUUUCGACCUGUUCGAUUUGUACCGUGUUUGCAACAAUAGAGAGGUAACCGUCAUAGCUACCUGGGGAUUAAACUAGACUAUUGAUGAGUAAAACAUUAUAGAUAUAUAUGUCAGGAAUAAACAUUGUUUAAAUAUAUUAUCUGUUUUAUUUGUUGGCAAAUUGUACUUCAUUUGAGUCUACAAGUACAGUUCCGGUAUACGCCUUAAUUUCAACCACGCGACAAUGCCUCGCAAAUGGUCUAAAUGAUCAGUGACAAACACGGGUAGAAAAAAUGUUUCGUAUUAGUAUUGUUCGAGUAGGUUACGUUCAUUCAAAUGCGCAGUGAGAUAUUCCAGCUAGACACACGAACUCCAUUACUAUGUCUAUAGCAAAACUUAUAUUCAUCUGAUGGAUAUCAUAUUGUACAAAAUGAAAAUGUGUGUAUGUUUUUUUUUAUGUUUUUGUUUAUCAAUAGGUUGUAAAGAUGCUAUUAUUAAAGUCUCUUGUCAUAGAAAAACGAUUUUCUUGUGCGUUUGACAUUUCGGCUUGACAUGGAUAAAGCUUAUUUUCAGAGUAAAACAUUUUUUUUCAAAUAGUUUUUGGUGAACAUAAUCUGUUAUAGCUGUACAUGUAUCUUAUGUAAUUAACUGAACUUAAUAACCACUGUAUACAAUAUCUGAAGUUUCCUAUCGUCCUCUACUAAUAUCAGCGAGCUUAUAUGUUUUGAACAGCUUAAUCGAAGAUUGCAGAAAUUAUACAUAUUUGUUCUCUAUAAUCGAGAUAUAAAUGUUACACGUGACAUGGGUGUUUGGUAUAACGGCGCAAGUCAAAAGGUUACGCCCCCUACCUUACACCCCCACUAACAUCAAAUCCUGGAUCCGCCUCUAGUACCUUCUAACAAAAGUUAAAUGUAAUGUAUACUUGAACAAAGAAUCUGUUUGCAAAACGCACGUGCUAAGGUACCAGUUUCUGACCUAACGCCAUUAAGCAUGGUCUGUAGAUGACCCAGAUUUAUUUUGGGGUCAAAAGGUCAACACUUAUGGGCGACCCGGACAGGCGACGCAUCCGAUUCGCGGAAUGCUAGUAAUUGUUGCAUACAGAAAUUAAACUUUAUAAUUUAAAUGGCGUUUGCUUACUUGAUUCUUCAUGUUAUAAAAUCAUAUUUAUUGUAAUUUAUAUUUCAGAUGUAUGUUAAGUUACUUGUAUAAAACGAUAUAAAACAUUGUGAAAUACG